GUCACUUUAACGUACAGCCGAUCCCCCGAUGUGCUUCGAGGUGGCAGGGAAAGGUGUGUGCUUGGGGUGACCCCUAAUAGCUGUGAUGGAAGUCCAUGUCCCAGCCCCAUGAGAGGGAGCUCUGGCUGAAGCCGUUUCUGUUCCCAGGUUGCAGCAGCAGGAAAGGAGAUGUUCCUGGUCUCUGUGCUGGAAGCAGGAUGAACCUAGUGUCCAUGGCGACAGAUCCUGAGCUGAAAUGGAUGACCCUGUGGGUCCGUGUGAGAUGGGCAGCCGUGCUGAUGCUCCUCCUGAGCUCAGUGGUGAUGCUGCUGCUCCCACUGGCUGUGGUGGAAGACCAGUGCCAGACAGUGCUCAAAGGACUCUCCUUCCUGAAGGGUAAACUGGGUACAGGCUCCUCGGGUGUCACCAAAUACACAGGACAAACAACCGGGCUGAGCGUCACCUCCAGUGGGCUGGAGCUGCUGGUGCUGAAAGGCAAAGCUACCCCAGAAGUGAAGUUGGAAGCCAGAGCAGCUCUGAACCAAGCCCUGGAAAUGAAGCGCCAAGGGAAGCGAGAGAAGGCUCACAAGCUCUUUGUGUACGCCCUCAAAAUGGACCCCAACUACGUGGAUGCCCUGAACGAGUUCGGUAUCUUUUCCGAGGAGGAGAAGGACAUCCUGCAAGCUGACUACCUGUACUCCAAAGCACUAACCAUCUCGCCCUGCCACGAGAAGGCUCUCAUCAACCGGGACCGGACGUUGCCGUUGGUGGAGGAGAUCGAUCAGAGGUACUUCAGCAUCAUCGACAGCAAGGUGAAAAAAGUGAUGGCCAUCCCCAAAGGCAACUCGGCCCUGCGCCGGGUGAUGGAGGAGUCCUACUACCACCACAUCUACCACACGGUGGCCAUUGAAGGCAACACCCUGACGCUGUCGGAGAUCAGACACAUCAUCGAGACCAGGUACGCCGUGCCUGGGAAGAGCCUGGUGGAGCAGAACGAGGUCAUCGGCAUGCAUGCGGCCCUGAAGUACAUCAACACCACCCUGGUGUCGCGCAUCGGCUCCGUCACCGCCGCCGACAUCCUGGAGAUCCACCGCAGGGUGCUGGGCUAUGCCGACCCGCUGGAGGCAGGCAGGUUCAGGGCCACUCAGGUGUUCGUAGGCCAUCACAUCCCGCCGCACCCCCAGGACGUGGAGAAGCAGAUGCAGGAGUUCGUGCAGUGGAUCAACUCGGAAGACGCCAUGAGCUUGCACCCCGUGGAGUUCGCCGCCUUGGCCCACUACAAGCUGGUUUACAUCCAUCCCUUUGUGGAUGGCAACGGGAGGACCUCACGCCUCCUGAUGAACCUCAUCCUGAUGCAGGCUGGUUACCCACCCAUCACCAUCCGCAAGGAGCAGCGGGCCGAGUACUACCACGUCUUGGAGGUGGCCAACGAGGGCGACGUGAGGCCUUUCAUACGUUUCAUUGCCAAGUGUACAGAGACGACCCUGGACAUGCUGCUCAUUGCCACCACCGAGUACUCUGUGGGCUUACCUGAAGCAGAUGGCAGUGCUGCUGGGUGCAAACAAACCAUCCCUGUCAAGACUUGA